AUGCAUCCCUCGCCCCUCCAGCGGACCCUCCUGGUAGUGCUGCUCGUAAGGUUCUUCUCCCACGCACUGCGAAAUUAUAAGGUUAAGGUGAGGCCGUAUAUUGAGGUAUAUCCACAGAGGAGACACCCCAGUUAUUCUAUCCGACGGGAAAAGAAAAGGGGGAGAUGUUUUUUCCCCCGGAGGAAGACUACAUGGCGCAGCUCCUUCGAGUUGUUCAGCGGGCAUGCGAAGGACAGGGAUGGGAAUCGCGCCGGUGAGGGUGACGGAAACGGUGAUGAGGGCGAUGGAGAUGAGGAGGAGGACAACCCCAACGAUGGGGACCCACGGGACGAUGAAAUUUCGUACGAAGACGUUGAAGAGUACCUAAGGAAGAACAACGUUGAAGAUGCCCGAGAAGACGAGGAGGGCAAAAAGGAAAUCAUUAAAUUGAUUAACUACCUGCCCACCCUAAAAAAUGAAGAGGAUUUUUUUUCCAAGUUUGGCUACACCAGUAGGGAGAAAAGGUCCAUGGAGUAUUACUUUAAUGAGAUGAAGGAUCUGAAGGAGAGGAAGCAGAAGAAGAACCACAACAUUUUGAAUUUCAUUCUGUCGUAUUAUUUGAAGAGGAAGAAUUCGAAUGGGCAGAGCGCCUUGAGGAACUACCAGAGUGUGCAGUCUUACUACGACUACAUUAACGACCCACCCAGGAAGGACAACAUCUUCUCGCGGAAGGCGCUGUGCAGUUUUAUCUCCUUCUACCUCAAAAACGCAAACGUUCUGAAGUACGCCUCCUUCCUCUGCCUCAGCGGGCUGCUGACCCUCUCCUUGAAGGUACUCAUAAGGCGCAUCAAGCUGGAGGACGUCUUCCUCUUAAGAAACCACUUCCACCUGGUGUACUCUCUAAAAAAUAUGCAUGUGUGUAAAAUAGGGGCCUUCUCCUUGCUGAUCAAUUUUUUGUUCAUAAAUAAGUACCACCAAUAUUUCUGCGUGACGGAGGAUUUGUUUGGGACAUUAUUUUCCAAUUAUUUUGCCUACGAAGGGAUACACAAUUUGACCAAAAGGAAAAUCGAGGGAUUCAUGCGAAAGUACAAUUACACCUUGGAUGACGUUUUAAAUUCCAUGAAUGAAAUUUUCUCGCAAUAUUUAUUUAGACAAAUAUGUGCAAAUGAAACGAUAGAGGGAGACGUCCUUAUCGUUUUGAACUCCUUUGUGCGUCUGUACCAUAAGCUGUUUCGAAGCAACAAGGAAAAUAUAAAAAAUAUCAUCAGCCUCGUGGUAAACAAGUACAAUGCGCACUUUGCGGAGAAGGGGGAAAAGAGGGACUCCUUUCUUUCGCGGAUUUUUUACAUUUUUUAUUUGCUGAAUGUUAUGUUUAAGUAUGAUGUGGACUCCGUGGAGCGGCUGAACCUCCACCGCGGGAACGGUCUGCACAUUCCCUUCUUCGCUCGGCGCAACCGGAUCUCCGGCUACUUCCUCCUGGCGCACAUCGCACAGCAGAUGGGGGUCAAGGAAAAAACGAUCAACGACAGCCUGCUCGAAACGAUGAAGGGAAACUACGAGGCGCACAUCCGGGGGCUCCUCAGCAAUAAACAGAACUCCAGUAGCGUGCUGGAGGACGCGAAGCAAAUGGACCUCCUGACGCUGGAUGGUGCCAUUUUGGAGGAGGUGCACGAGGAAAUUUUCGUCAGCAUCCUUAAAAGGAUCAUGGAGGAUGGGAAUUACGAGCCUGUUUAUUUGGUUGCCCCUGAGAGGGAGGGUAAAGUUGAGAUGGCUGCGUUGGGAAGUGCGCGUGGCAAGGAGGGUGCAGAGGGCACAGGUGAGGGGGGCGCCCCCUUGGGAGGAGAAGACAGCGUCGCCCACCAGGAAGGUGAUGCGGAGGAGCAGUAUGAAAAGAGCACUGAUCUGGGUGACGAUGCGGCGGAGCAGUAUGAAAAGGGCACUGAUCUGGGUGACGAUGCGGCGGAGCAGUAUGAAAAGGGCACUGAUCUGGGUGACGAUGCGGCUGACCUGGACGACGCCGCCGACCUGGACGACGCCGCUAACCUGGAUGACGCCGCCAUAGAAGACUCGGACGACAACAUGUACAGACACCUGGAGAACAGCGUGGACUACAUCGUGAAUGAGGCAGCCACCUCGGGGGAGAGUCGCGACCAAAAGGGCAUCAUCGCGGAGAGGGAAAAAAGGGAACUGGAGGAAAAGAAACUCUUCCUGAACAAAUGGAAUGACAUCAAUUUUUUGAGAAAAUAUUUACACGUGGAGAAGAAACAUAUGGACAGAUAUUUAGAAAAGUACCUGUACAAUUUUAUCUACGGGGAGUACAAAAUUUUGAUUAACAAUUUAAUUUUUAAAAAAAUGAAAAACAAAAAUGAUCAUUUGUUUUUUUUGAAAAAAGGAAUUUCCAUAUCCAACAGCGCAACGGAAAAUAUCAUCAAAAAUAUUCUGCUCAAGUUUGUAAUUAAGACCAAGGAAAACAUUGGCAUUUUUUUUAAACUGGAAAAUAUGGAAAAGUGUCUGCGGCUUAUACACAAUUUGAUUUACGUGUAUAAGAAGAUAAAGAAGAAAAGGAAGUUCUUGAGGGUUCCCAGCGACGAGUUUUUUAGCCUCGACGAUUUGUUCGCGUGCAACAGUUAUAGGGCGCAGGGGGGAGCAGCGGGGGGAGGCGCAGCCGGGGGGAGAGAAGCCGGGGAAGGGCCACAAACUAGCGAAUUGCCCCCCGACGAACUACAAACUAACAAAUCAUCCCCUGACGAACUAGCUGCUAACGACAACCUCGCUCAUAACGACGAAGCGGACGAGGAGCUCCUCAAAAGGAUCGUGCACAAAGACCACCUCGAGGGAGAGGGCGGAGGAGAUGGAAAAGACGGCAUACUCCCCCAAGAGGAGCGAAAAAAAAUGUACGAAGAAUUUGUCAUAAAACACAUGAAAAACCAAUCAGAGAGAAAAAUCCUGAAAAUAAUUUUUAAUUUAAAUAACGACCAGGUAGACAGAGAAGUGGAAGACAACAUCAUCAAACGGUUCUUAGAAAAGAUCUGCACAAAGUAUUUAAGCAACAUGAAGGAAGUGGACGACAGGUACAAAAUUAUAGGGCAGGAAAAUCUGUUCGAUUAUAAAAAUAUCAAUUUUAUGGAGUCCCUGGAGAGGGAGAAAUCCAAAAAAGGGGUCCACAAAAAAGGAGGAGAACGAAGUGUACCGGAGAAGGACAGCUUCAUCAUUCGGAAGGAAGACAUUUUCGAACACAUCGAUGAUGACUCAUUUGAAGAAAUAUGCAAAAAAAUGUAUAUAAACAAAAUUAAAGAAGCAAAAAAGAACUUAUACCACAUGAGGAAGGAUUUAUAUAUGUAUGAAAUUAUUCUGAACAUAAAAAACGCGCAAGAAAUACACGACGUUUUCCUCAUGGAUGAAUAUGAAAAAAUGAUUAAGGAUAUUAUAAAAACGAAUAUAUUAAAUAAAAAUUAUAAGAAUAUAAAAAAUUUGUAUUUAAAAAAAAUUGUUAACUUUUUAAAUUUGUCCGAAGAAAAAGCAGCUGACGUUGAAAUGAGGUGCAUUUUUUUGCAGACGUAUGAAAUAUUUUCCGCGGUGAAGGAGAACUUUUACAUUUACAGGAGCGACUCAGAUUUUGUUAAUAACAUUAAUGAGAUCCUCACGAUAUACAAAAACUUUGACCUUAUUAGGCCCAAGGGGCAGCAGUACUACGUCAAGUUUGCUCUCAUCGAGUCAAAUUAUAAUUUGCUCCACCGCAUCAUCGAGCGGUACGUUCUUUACGUCAUUGAGUUGAUAAACGAUGAAAACAGGGCCAUCUACAAGGAGAACAUCUUUCGGCUCGCCGCAAUACUCCGCGUCAGCCCUGCGGUCAUCGAUGAGAUCGCCACGCGGAUAUACAAGAAAUACAUCGAGGGCCAAGACCUGCACGCCAUGAACAACAUGGACGCCUUCUUCAGCUUCCUCUUCAACAUGAGCAAUGCGAGGCAGAGCGAAAUAGUCCUGGAGCACCUGCGGAAGAAAGUGGACACCCACUUAGCCUCCGGAGAAGGCUAUCAGGAAAGGAUGCAAAAAUUGUAUGACGUGAUUUUCUUCAUAAACAACAACUUGCAGAUAAGGAAGAACCUUUUCGAGGUGUCCUCGGCGGGUGUGGAGGCCGUGUAUGCCUUCCUGACUGCCUGCGUCGAGGAGUACCUGCAUGUCAAGAAGACGGAGGCCUUCAUUUCGGAGCACCGCGAAUAUCUAAACCACUUGAACAACUUUCUGAGCAAAAUCAAGACCCUCAUAAAAGGGGAUCAAGAAAAUGCGCACAUGAGUCACGUCAUGAAUGUUUUGAAGAAGGCCAUCGUCAGAAAAGCCAUCUCCCAUUUAGACAAGUUCCAAUACGACAUGUGCGUGGAGGAGAUUUACAACCUGAUCAAACUGCAAAUGGUCGAUAGCAGCAUCAACUUCGCAGAUGUGGAUAUAGAGAAGAGGAAAAAACUGGUGAAUAUUUUUUCCUACCAAAACAUUAGCGACGAGAAGAAGUUCCUCUACAUGGACAUUUUGAACAAGUAAGGGGGUGGGGGGUCCCUGAAAGAGGACAAACCUCCCGGGGAGGAAGACACUGGAGGGAGGGAGUACCACGUGAUGGGUAUGUACAGGAGUGGCAAAAAUGUUUUCUUUUUUUUUCUUUUUUUUUUACAGAGCUUUGUUGUGAUUACGACUCGGGGGGGGCACCAAAUGGUGGCUCCAUAUGGCAGUUUUCGAGAGGAAACCCUUCGGGAGAAACGCUUCCUCUGGAAACGCUUCACGCUUCACGAAUGGGAAUGCAAAAGGGGGCCAACCGGGUGGGAGAAAAAGGUUCCUAAAAAGGGGCACCGCGUGGGUUCUAUGUGGACACUCCGUGCACCCCUGCGUGAGCGCAUGUCCCUCUGCCGCUGGAUCAGUCGGUGCGGUCCUGCAUCUGCGCGGUGAGGUCUGCGUCGACGAGGUAUUUAAUCUUGCCCAGAAUGUCACUGCUGUAAACGUUUUCAUAUUUUCUGUAAAAGCUGGAGGUAGUGUCGUACAGAAUGUUGAAGGCGUUGAUAUCGUCGAAGAAUCCCUUUCUGUAUUCAUCGUUGCUGUAGUCUGAGCAGUCAUCGUCGUCAUCAUCAUCAUCGUCAUCAUCGUCGUCGUCCUCGUCGUCGGCUUCAUCACCUUGAUG